AUGGCCCGCAGCGACGCUCCGGUGGGUCGUGAAUCGACGGCGCAGCCGACCUCUAAGGCCCGGUGGUCAUUCGACUCGCCCUCACGACCGCUGUCCAAGUACAGCAGCCUUCGCAAAGGCUCCAAAGCCUCCAGUCUGGAAAACCGUGCCAACCUGAAUGAUGCGGGGCCGGGCUCACUACAUCGAGAGUCAGCCGAGCCCCGUGCACCUCUCCCUUUCCCAGAGUAUGCGGAAUUGUCUCCCAUGGAGUCUCGAGACCAGGUCCUGCUUCUUCCGUCGAGGCGGACACCUACAACGACUGCGAGUGGAUCGGUGGAGAAAUUCGAUUCCACGUGCUAUCUGUCCAACGACUUCGCAGAGCAGUCGGAGCACCGCUCCCACAAGAGCAAGCACAUGAAGCCUAAGGUGCAUAUCAAACCGAUGCUUCGAAAACUCUCGCGCGAAGAAUCCGCCUCUCAGUCCAUUGACCUAUCUCGCUCCUCCACAGAACAGGAAGGUCUGGGAAUCUACCUCAACUUCGAACGAGAGCGGGAGCGCCGCCAGAGUGAUUCCAUAACGGGCGCAGGAUACCGCCGAGCGACGCCAGGAAUGCACAAUCGAUCGAUCAGUGGCACAUCACAGUUCUCGACCGCGACCGGGUCCAGCGGAGGAAACCCCAGUUCGCAAUUUGUCUACCCGCUCCGCCCAACUCCUCGGUCUUACAGUCCGCCACUCAACCAAUCCCACCAAACCUCCUUGCACGAAAGCGACAAUGAGAGCGACGGAACACCCGAAAGUCCGAUCAAGACUCUCCCUGAGCUAGAGUCGCAUCGGACCGGCCGGACGUCUUCCACGACAGUCCCACGACCGUCGUUACAAAUUGACGACGAUUCCUUUACUCGUCUGCCCGGCAUCUCCACGACCAACGUCUCUGGUCGACCCUCAUUUGGGUAUUCCCGUGAUAACGGAAGCACCGUGGAUACGACAUCCCCGAGCUCGCGUCCUUCUCUCGAUUUCGUGUUCCGGAACCGGACCCGAACCAGUACAGAUCCCGUCUCCCGGGCUGCAACCAUCCAGGCUGCCCGACAGGCGUUCGAGGAGAAGGAGGCCGCCAAGGCCCGUCGUCUUGAAAAACAGCAACUCAAGGCAGAAGAGCGACAGGGGCGACGCCUGGUGAAGCGUCACUCACCCGAGGGCCAGGCCACAUCCGCCCACCCUUCGACGGUCAACCUCUCAGAGAAGACCCCCGAAGCAGGUACUCCGAACAUCACCAGCAGUGAUCGGUCUUCUCCCUCGUGGAAGUCGCAAUCCAAGAGCACCUGGGUGCUUUUCAUGACUUGGCUUCGAACUCGAGUCUUCAAAUUUCGCCGAAAAAUACGAAAGAUCAACUGA